AUGACUUAUAUCCUCAUAAAAUUCAGGAACAUGGAGGAAGAGGAUAGUAUCUUGUUUUCUGAACUACCAGGGCAGGAGAUUGAAUUUCAGCUCUGGGACAGAGAUGUGGCGAGAGAUGAUCCAAUGGGCAGCUGUAAAAUUGCAGUUUCCCAAGUGCUCAAGAAGAAAUGCGUUGAUAAGUGGAUCCGGUUGCAGAAUGUGAAGUCCGGGGAGCUGCAUAUCAAGGUGGAAUGUCUCCGACUUCUUUCAGACCCUGCCAAGCUGAAUAAGGUGAUAAAGCAGAACAAACAAAUACAGUCCCCCAAGAGUGAGGAGCUUUCAUCGGCUGUACUGUAUACAGUCAUCCAAAAAGCCAAGGGUCUGCCAGUGAUUCGGCCGAAGAAAAGCAAAUUAAACCCCUUGGCCAAGGUGCAGGUCACUGUCGGAGACACAGUAAAGAGGAGUGGGGGUAAAAUAAAUACCACCGGAGAGCCAGAGUGGAAGAAGAGGAUCCAAUUCCUAAUAAAGAACCCACUCAAUGAAGAACUGAAGCUAAAGGUACGAAAUGAGCAGAAUAAGGUUCUAGGACGAGCCUCUGUGCCGCUUUCUCGACUGAUGAAUGCCAACGAUAUGACCAUUGAGAACUGGUUCCCGCUGAAAUCCAAAGGAAAAACGAGUGAGAUUCUGCUGAAGCUGCAGCUGAGAAUUUUGGCCCCUCGUAAUAUUAGUGUGAAGCCAUAGAACCAGAAAGAAAUUGGAACCCACAUUCCCCAGAAGAGACUCAGGGUUCCAGUGACAUAUAACCCAAAACAACCAGCACAAACUGAGGAGGAGGAAGAGGAGGAGGAAGAGGAGGAGGAAGAGGAGGAUUUAUAUCAAUAUGGAGGAGCUUUUAUAAUUCAAGAAAUAUGACAAAUAUUCUUGUUCAAUGCAUAGAAAUUCAGCCUUUCUCACCAUAACUGUGGAUUCUCUGCUGUACAUCACCUGCUCCUGACUUGAGGCAAGAUAAGGAUGGAAGUUGUGUCGGUUUCUGUCUCCUUUCCCCAUAAGGAGCCAGAAGGCAACACAACCCCCCUUACCUUGCCUCAUGGCAAGAACAGCUGGGGUGAACAUUUCUGGGUCAUUUGCAGCAAGAAAGAGGGGAAAGGAUGGACCCUUACCUUGACUUUUUUCCCUUCAUGGAGAAGUCACAGAGAAUUCAAUCCUUGGGUGGUUGAUCCUGGGGGAUAGGGACCUAUUAAUAAACAUCAAUAAAGUUCUUGUCA